AUGCCCGUGACAAAGAGUGCCGGGGGCCCCCAGGGAGCCGUUGACCUCAAACUGGACCUCAGGUACCCACCCAAAAGUGCCAAGAGGCUGCACAGCAAGGACUCCAGUUUCUGGGAUGGACACCCUUCCGAGUCGCCAGGCUUAGAGAAAACCACAGGCAUAACAGCAUUCCAGACCUUGGUUCACCUGGUAAAAGGCAACAUGGGCACAGGGAUCCUGGGACUUCCCCUGGCUGUGAAGAAUGCAGGCAUCCUGAUGGGCCCGCUCAGUUUGCUGGCAAUGGGCUUCAUCGCCUGCCACUGUAUGCACAUCCUGGUCAAGUGUGCCCGGCGCUUCUGCCACAGGCUUAACAAGCCCUUCAUGGACUAUGGGGACACAGUACUGCACGGACUGGAAACCAGCCCCAGCGCCUGGCUCCGGAGCCAUGCCCACUGGGGAAGGCAUAUCGUGAGCUUCUUCCUUAUAGUCACCCAGCUGGGCUUCUGCUGUGUGUACGUUGUGUUUCUGGCUGAUAAUUUAAAACAGGUAGUGGAAGCAGUUAAUGGCACCACCAACAACUGCCAUUACAAUGAGACAGUGAUUCUGACGCCCACCAUGGACUCUCGACUCUACAUGCUUGCCUUCCUGCCCUUCCUGGUGCUGCUGGUCCUCAUCCGGAACCUCAGGGUCUUGACCGUCUUCUCCAUGUUGGCCAACAUCAGCAUGCUGGUCAGCUUGAUCAUCAUCACCCAGUAUAUUGCCCAGGAAAUUCCAGACCCCAGCCGGUUGCCACUGGUAGCAAGUUGGAAGACCUAUCCUCUGUUCUUUGGAACAGCCAUUUUUUCAUUUGAAAGCAUUGGCGUGGUUCUUCCCCUGGAAAACAAGAUGAAGGAUGCCCGCCGCUUCCCAGCCAUCCUGUCUUUGGGAAUGUCCAUCAUCACUGCCCUGUACAUUGGCAUCGGGGCCCUGGGCUACCUGCGGUUUGGAAACGACAUCAAGGCCAGCAUAACCCUUAACCUACCCAACUGCUGGCUGUACCAGUCGGUCAAGCUCUUGUACAUCGUGGGUAUCCUGUGCACUUACGCCCUGCAGUUCUACGUCCCUGCAGAAAUCAUCAUCCCCUUUGCCACCUCGCAGGUGUCAAAGCGCUGGGCACUGCCUCUGGACCUGUCCAUCCGCCUCGCCAUGGUCUGCCUGACAUGCACCUUGGCCAUCCUCGUCCCCCGCCUGGACCUGGUCCUCUCCCUGGUGGGGUCCGUGAGCAGCAGCGCCCUGGCCCUCAUCAUCCCGCCCCUCCUGGAGAUCACCACCUACUACUCGGAGGGCAUGAGCCCCCUCACCAUCGCCAAGGACGCCCUGAUCAGCAUCCUGGGCUUUGCGGGCUUUGUGGCAGGAACCUACCAGGCGCUGGACGAGCUGAUCUUCUCGGGAGGCCCUCUCACCUUUUCCAACUCCACCGUUUUUAUUCAGUGA